UUAGCUGUUGUAUAUCAUAAUAUGGCAAAAUUAUAUUUGGCUACACGAAAAUAUAGUAUGGCAAUGAAAAAUAUUCAACAAGCAGUUGAAAUAGCUCAAGAAAAAUUACCUUCAACUCAUCCUCAUCUUUUGGAAUAUACAGAAACAUUUGAAAAAAUUCGAAAGAAAAUGUAA